AUGGCUAUAGAAGUCAUCGCUCCGGCCCGAAGCAGCACGCUGGUCAAUCCCGGCUCUGUCAAAGAUCAAGUGAAACCGAAAAGGGUCCUCAAGCAACUUGUGCCCCAUACUCAGAUCUCAUCCGACUUUGAUGAGCUCAAAUUCAACGCUGCGGCAUCUCUCCAACUGCAAUGGCUGCAAGAAGCGCAAACAUUCAAUGCGUUGGCAACCGCAGACACCCGCCUCAUCGCUUCUCCAUACAAUGACGUCCCUCAUCUCCUGGAUUUAGAGACCCUCGACACCCAAAGUCGACUCUUAGCACUGGCAUUAUCAUUUUUCAGAUCCGUCCGUGACGACUAUGCUACCGGAGAGUACCUUGAAUCAUUCAAUUGGGACGAAAUCAUCGAUCUUGUCAAAGCAUUCGCGGACGCAGAAGGUCACUCGUGGACCACACAGUCUUUCUACGUGGUUUCCUUCCGGUCCAGGCUCCAACCAGGAGUCGAUCAAGAUCAUCUGCAUGCGCUGGACGCAUAUUCGCACCAGGAGGCCGUCGCCAGCGGAGGGCUGUUGAAGUAUUGGUUCGGCACGAAGAAUGAUGAGAGGCGAAAUCUGGCAACUUGCAUAUGGCGUAGCAGGGAGGAUGCCAGGCUCGGCGGCCAAGGGCCGUGGCAUGCGAAAGCACGAGCUGCAGCAAGGGACUUGUAUGAGUCGAUUGUUUUCUCGACGAUGAAAUUAGUUAUUGAAGACGGAGUCAAGUCUUGGCAUGUCAGCGAUUGGAGUUUGAAGGAUGAGCGUGCAUCAUAG